GACAUUAAAAAAAAAAGAACCUAUUUUUAAUUUUUUUUAGCACAAGGCACGCCCGCAUAUUGUUGUGGACGGUGGCGGGAUUUGAAAAUUUGGUUUGAGAUUUGGUAAUCAAGAACACAAAGAUUCUCUCAAUUUUUUUGUUUGAGAUUUGCGAAUCAAGAACACAAAGAUUCUCUCAACAAUUUCGAUUACAACAAGUAUUUAUUCAUUGGUGAAUAUACAAAGAUUCUCAACUAACGCUUGAACCCCCUCAAUUUUUCUCACUCUGUUUUCUAGGGUUUAACAACGGCUUUUCUUCACUUCUCUGAUUUCGUCUUUCACAAUGUCGUUUUCUUUAUUCUCCACUCCUCAACAACCGCAACAACAACAACAAUCACAAUUAUUUCAACCACAACAACAACAAUCUCCUUUUCAGCAGCAGAGUAAUUUGUUCCAGCCACAACAACAACAGCAGCAACAAUUUCAAGCUCAACAACAGCAGCAACAACAACAGCAGCAACAAUUAGUUUUGUUCACUAAUGAUCGAACUCCGGCGAGUUACAGCACCAAUUGGGCGGAUCUACAUCCCGAUUCCCAGAAAUAUCUACUUCAGAUUGAGGAACGGAUAUUGGAGUAUAGAGAUGAAAGUCAGAGACUUGAUCAGUGUAAUCGUCUUUAUGAUUCGUCUGUUUCAAACGAUGGAUUUGAGGUUGAUGCAAGCCAUAUUGUUCAGGAACUUGGCGGAAUCAGCACUGCUAUGGAACGACAGAAAACUUUACUACAGGAACUGAUGUCAGCUGUUAAGGAUAUGUUACGUAAUACAGAGGUUGCUGUUCGUUCCUUUAUGAUGCUACGUCCAAGGUUCUUUCAUCCCAGUGGGGGAGCAUCAAGUGCCACUGCCCCAUCACAGACCCCUGGAGCCACAGCACCUAGUUCGAGCAUCCAACCAACAUCUACAUCUAUAGUGCCUGUUUUUGAUUUCUACAGUGGUCUUCCAAAGAAACCAUCACCCUUUUUACAACAAACAGUUCUUAGAUUUGAGAAAUAUCUUUGUGAAUGUCAUCAGUGGAUUCAAGAGUUAGAGCAGCUGCUUCUCUUAGACUCUGAAAAAAACGGUUCCGGUAAUGGAUCCUCGUUAUUGCAAUCUCUUCCGAAAGUCAUGACAAAUGUGCAUGACUUUUUUGUUCACGUGGCUGCAAAGGUGGAGAGCAUUCACCAGUACAUGGAAUCUAUGAAAUCAGCAUACCUAGCUGAUCAGCGCCGCCGCGGGGAGGUGAAUGAUCCAUUUCUAGAGGCUGAUCGUCGAGAAACUGCACGACAAGAAGCAGCAUCAAAAAGAGUUCAUCCAACAUUGCAUUUACCUGCAAAUUCACAACCCUCAACUCAAGUUGCCGGGUUGUUUUCCAGUUCAGGAACUCAAGGAGCAUUGACUUCCCAACAGACCGCUGCAACAACUUCAUCUUUGUCAACAGGAAGUGGUUUAUCUCUUUUUAGCACACCGACUUCUGCCCCAUCAUCAUCAAUGCCAUCGUUGUUUGCAACACCAACAACUCCUGCUACAGGACCCUCAUGGUUUGCAUCAUCCAGUUCUACGCCUCAACCACAAUCCUCAAUUUUUGGUUCUGCAUCAUCUUCCUUACCUGGUGCGACACCAACUCCCUCUCUGUUCGGUAAUAAUACUCCCCUGUUUAAUUCAACUCCGGCUCCAAGCUCACUCUUUUCAACUCCGUUUGCUUCAGGUGCUGCAACAGGAUCAGGAACAAGCUUUGGGGGAUCUAAAAAUCCACGGCCAAAAUCCAGAACUGCUCGGCGCUAAUAGAAGCAGUCUGAAAUUAUGAAGUUGAUGGGAUCUUUUUCUGCUACCAAACAAAUAUGGAUGUACCACUUGAAAUAUUGGACUUUCCUUGUUAGAUGGUCUUAAAAUGAUUUUUGCUAUUAGUCUAAUGUCUUUGAAUGUAGACACUAUAUUGAGGGCACUGAACGUGUUCUGCGUUGCUUCAGUCCGUUGUGAGUUGUUCCAUUAGGCAUUUACAGCAACCCAUUUUAUUUAACAUUUGUCUAGGUUAGGUCAUUUGAAUGCUAAAUUUCAUGACUCUCUGUAGCUAUAGUUUCAUUCCUGGUUCUAGUUUGAGCUUGAUCCACCAUUCAUUGUGUUUGUUGUAAAAGAUAUCUUAUAUCCAAGGUAGUAUGGCUCCAUUUUACUGAUGUAUUUAUAUGAGGAUAAUUGAUCUUUGAUUUUUAUUUUAGAAUGCCGAGUGUUAAUUUAAUUUCA